AUGUGUGUGUAUGUAUAUAAAGAUAAUGAAGAUGGCUGGUCCCCAUGGUCUGAGUGGACUGACUGUUCAGUCACCUGUGGACGUGGAGGGCAGCAAAGGGGCCGAUCCUGCAAUGGCAUCACGCCGUCCUGUGCUGGCCCAUCAGUCCAAACCCGCAGCUGCAUGCCGAUGAAGUGUGACCGCAAGGUACGUGCUGAUGGGAACUGGGGCCUUUGGUCUCCUUGGUCUGCAUGUACGACCACUUGUGGUGAAGGCAACAUCACAAGAGUACGUCUCUGCAACAACCCCCCACCACAGAAGGGGGGCAAAGGCUGCACGGGCAGCAACAGGGAGACGCAACCAUGCAACAAUACACUCUGCCCCAUUGCCGGAGGCUGGACAGGCUGGACUGAGUGGUCACUCUGCUCAGAGUCGUGUGGGGGAGGUCUUACAAUUCGCCAACGGGAGUGUUUGAACCCUGCUCCUCAACAUGGUGGGAAGCCUUGUGUUGGAGAUGCUGUGGACUAUGAAGCCUGCAACAAACAACCAUGUCCUAUAGAUAUAUGUUUGCUGUCAAAUCCAUGUUUUCCUGGAGUGGAGUGCACAUCACAUAUCGAUGGAUCAUGGGAAUGUGGACACUGUCCAUUGGGUUUAAGUGGCAAUGGCACUCACUGUGAGGAUGAGAAUGAGUGUGAAGUGGAGGGUGUGUGUGUCACAGAAUGUGUAAACACAGACCCUGGUUACUACUGUCUGCCCUGUCCUCCUCGCUAUAAAGGCACUCAGCCAUAUGGCCUUGGACUGCAGCAAGCCCAGAGAACCAAGCAGGUGUGUGAACCAUACAAUCCUUGCAAAGACAACACACACACCUGCCACAAGUAUGCUGAGUGUGUGUACCUUGGCCUGGCCUCUGAGGUUUUGUACAAGUGUGUGUGUGCUGUCGGGUUUGCGGGUGAUGGCUUCCUGUGUGGUGAAGACGCUGAUCUGGAUGGUUGGCCCAACAACAAAUUAAUCUGCAAGCUGAAUGCAACCUAUCACUGUCAGAAGGACAAUUGCCCCAGGAUACCAAACUCUGGACAGGAAGACCUGGACAAGGACGGACAGGGAGACGCCUGUGAUCCUGAUGACGACAAUGAUGACAUCCUAGAUGAGAGGGACAACUGCCCGCUGGUGUACAACCCUCGGCAGUUUGACUCUGACAGAGAUGGGGUCGGGGACCGCUGUGAUAACUGUCCAUUUGAUAGCAACCCACUGCAGACAGACACUGAUGACAAUGGAGAGGGAGACGCCUGCAGCAUUGACAUGGAUGGAGAUGAGGUUCUGAAUGACCGUGACAACUGUCCCUUAGUUUACAACACUGACCAGAGGGACACAGACAUGGAUGGAGUUGGAGACCAGUGUGACAACUGUCCCCUUCUACACAACCCACUACAGCUUGACUCUGACAGUGACCUGGUGGGGGACAUGUGCGACAACAACGAGGACAUUGAUGAGGACGGCCACCAAAACUCUUUAGACAACUGUCCUUACAUUGCUAAUAGCAACCAGGCUGACCAUGACAAGGACGGGAAGGGAGACGCCUGCGACCAUGACGACGACAACGACGGUAUCCCUGAUGACCGGGACAACUGCAGACUGGUGCCCAACAGGGACCAGCUGGACUCUAAUGGUGAUGGUAGCGGAGAUGCAUGCUUUGACGACUUUGACAAUGACAGUAUUCCAGAUGCGCUGGAUCCCUGUCCACUGAACCAGGAUAUUGGGUCAACAGACUUCAGGAAGUUUCAGGUUGUUUUGUUGGACCCUAAAGGCACCACGCAGUCUGACCCUCUCUGGGUGAUCCGCAGCCAAGGCACUGAGCUGCUGCAGACAGCGAACUCGGACCCUGGCAUCGCUUUAGGAUAUGACAAGUUCAGCUCUGUAGACUUUAGUGUGACAUUUUAUGUGAAUACCAACCGAGAUGACGACUACGCAGGCAUUGUGUUCGCCUACCAAUCCAGUCGACGCUUCUAUGUCGUCAUGUGGAAACAGGUUUCUCAGGCCUACUGGGAGAAAAAGCCUUCCAAAGCUUUUGGCACAGCGGGAGUCUCGAUCAAACUGGUCAACUCGACCACAGGACCAGGAGAAUAUCUACGCAAUGCUCUGUGGCACACUGGAAACACCAGACAACAGGUCAGAACAUUGUGGCAUGACCCCAAUAAAAUUGGCUGGAAGGACUUCACAGCCUACCGCAUGCACCUUAUCCACAGACCCAAGACUGGGUUCAUUAGGGUGGUGGUGUAUGAGGGCAGGGAGAUUUUAUCCGACUCGGGGGCGGUGUACGACCACACCCUGGCUGGAGGCAGACUGGGACUGUUUGUCUUCUCUCAGGAACACGUCCUCUUCUCAGACCUCAGAUAUGAGUGCAGAGAUAACUGAACAACCCACCAGAGGUCCACAUAAUUUCAGAAAAUCUGAAUACAACUGAGAGAGAGAGGAUGCACCAGACCCAGAACCUUUAUCCUGCCAAGACUAUCAAUUAGUGACCGUCAUCUAUCUAUCAGCUUUUUAUGCGACAGCAUUGAUUUCCAGCUGUCUCAUUCGCUGUAUAUUACUGUAAGAAUCAGACAGCAUUUUUAGUGACAGUAUACCCUUUUGUUGCUUUUCAUUUGCUUUUUGCUAAUGGUUGUAAAUAUUUAUUUAUUGCCAGAUGCCAGAUAUGAAACGGAGAGAUGGGAGAAUAAAUUGAUGAUGGAGUAAGUAGAGCACUGUGCAGAUGUCUGCUGGGAACUUAACAAUAAAAUACUUUUUUACUUUUU